AGAGAGAGAGAGAGAGAGAGAGAGAGAGAGAGAAUGUGUGUGCUAGGGAAAUGUUCCAUGGAAAAUCUGUAGAACUGAUGUAAGAAAAAGCAGCGGCAGGGGUUGGAGCAAGUGAAGUAGAACUGAGACUAUAAAAACACGGAAAGAAACUCACCAUCAGGGCUAAGUUUGGGAUAAACUGCAGACAGGACUCUAAAGUUAGGAGUUCCGCAGACUUCUCACAAGAUGCUGGACUGGAGAUUGACAAGUGCACACUUCAUCCUGGCUGUGAUUGUGAUGAUGUGGAGCUCAGGAAAGGCGUUCUCCGUGGACAUAGCAACAGAGGCCUCUGAGUUUGGAGCAGCAGGCUUGCAGUCACCACCCACAGGCAGGGAAGAGAAAUCAGCCACCGACCUGGCAGCUAAGCUCCUGCUUCUCGAUGAGCUGGUGUCCUUGGAGAACGAAGUAUUUGAGACCAAGAAGAAGAGGAGCUUCCCUGGCUUUGGGUCACCCCUGGACAGACUCUCAGCUGGGUCUGUAGAGCACAAAGGGAAACAGAGGAAAGUAGAUCAUUCAAAAAAGCGGUUUGGUAUCCCCAUGGAUCGGAUUGGUAGAAACCGACUUUCUAGUUCCAGAGGCUGAUGGAUUCCCAUCAUGCGUCUGACUUGCACAGAACUUAGAGAAGAUGCUUCAGUGAAGUUCUUCUUUCCUCCCUGCUGGUUAAAUUGUUGAGGAACUAAUCUUCUGCAUACCUUCCCAAAGCUUGAGAACCUCAAUUCGUCAUCUCCUAGUGUUGCUAUGGUUUUAGUUAAGUUGUGCAGAGCAUUUCAGUGCAUGAAUAUCUUUGAGAAUAUUGUUUUAAUGAUUCAUAAAUUGUAACAUGGCCCCUAAACCUACCUUUAAAAACAUUUGUCAAGUAUUAUGCAUUCUCUUGCCAUUAAUGCUUUUACAAUUCAGCUUCCCAAUGUGCUUUCUAAAAACCUAGGGUUUAAAGAUUUGAAGAUGUAAAGAAAGGAACAUAUGUACAGAAUGUAUGAUGAUUUAUAGAGGGCUUUUUAACUUUUCUGAAAUGUGCCAAAUUGCUGAAAAUCUUCACUCUAGGCUUAGAGAAAAGGCAGCAAGUGAAUAUUUGCUUCAAGUGUGGUAGAUGGCUGUAGCAAAAGGAAAUAAAUUUUUGAGAAAGUUGAGUGAUAGUAUUCUUUAGAAACUAAUAUCUAAAAGUUAAUAUAAGGAAAGUCAAUAUAAUUGGCCUAUGUGUAAUGUUCUGCAGAACUCUGAAUUUAAUAGAUUUAUUUGAAAAGAAAUUACUGUCUCUGUUGUUUAUUUUUCUCAGCAUUGGGGUGGACCAUACAAAUGUUUCCCAUGUUAGAAGCUUUGUUUUUGUUUUGUUUUGUUUUUCUUUUUCUCUCCAUUAGAUGUUUAGAAGCUACCAAUCCAACCAAGUAGAGCUUCAUGCCUUGACAAAAGACAUUGAAAUCAAUAUUAGGCUAAAAUAUCUCAUAUUGAAGUUUGAAGUUUGAGCUGUACAAAUGGAUUUCCUGCAUUGCUUAAUUUAAAAAAAAUAGGCUAUGAGAGCAAGGAAUACAGAUCAAUGGCAGAGUGCCUACCGAGCAUGAAAGAGACAGAUUUCCUGUCUAAUUGGUAUGGUGGCUCAUGCCUGUAAUCCCAGCACUUGGAGAUAAGAGGAGGAAGAUCAGAAAUUCAAGGCCACCCUCAGCUAAGCAGAAAGUCUGAGGCUCGGCUGGACAACAUGAGACCUCUGUUUCAAAAGGAGAAAGCAACAAGGGAAGAAAUGAAAGGAAAAAAGAAAGGAAGAAAGGAAGGAAGGAAGGGAGGGAGGAAGGGAGGGAGGAAGGAAAAAAAGAAAGAGAAAGAGACGAAAGAAAACAUGCAAUCACAUCUAAUUCAAAGUAAGAGAACAUAGCAUAUUGAUUUAUGCUCCAUUCAUAAAUGGAGCACAGAGUGCAAUUGUCUCAUAAUGCAAAUUUCAAUGAAGAAAAGAAGAAAAACACAUUCUCAACUUAAAAUUACUUUAAUUCAUGCAUCUUAGUUUUUACUACCACACUGAAAAGAAUAGAAAUAUAAAAAGCAUUAUUCCAGCUGAAAUGGAGUCUUCUUAACAAUAAAUUAAACAUCAGUUAUGUUAAAUAAUGGGAUGUCCUAUCUCAUUUGUUUUUAAUACAAUGUAUAACAGUAGAUUCAACUGUAUUUCCCUGGGGAGCCAGCAAUUUAAAAAGUCAUGAUUUAAAGCUAUAUAUAUUUUGCCUUUUUCUCCUUGUUUCUAAAUAGAGAUACAUAGAGCAAAUGAAUAUGUAAAUAGAAUUUCUGAGUUCUAGUGUUAAUUACAUAACCAACUUUGCAUGCAAGGAUGUAAUUCUAAGCUACAGUGUCUUCAAAUUUACACUACACAAAAUUUAUCAAAUUUUACCUUUAAUCUCCAUAUCAUUUGGGGAAUUAAAUUUCUUAAAUUAUUAAAAACUGAAUUCAAUCUUCUAAAAAGCAACAGUGGCAUUGUGUUCGAUGCAUAAGUUUCAAUG